ACAUUGAAAGCAUUCUUACCUAAUAUGAUCAAAAAGAAUCACGGUCAUAUCGUAGCAAUUUCAUCACUAGCAGCAUACUUUACCGGUCCUUAUGGAACGGUUUACUGUCCUACAAAAUUCGCAGUUAAAGCAAUGAUGGAGUCUCUAUCGGAAGAAUUACGUAUAUUGAGUAACGGAAAGUCAUCGAUUAAAUUUACAACUAUUUAUCCGUUCUUCGUACAUACCGGAAUUUGUAAACCAAAAUUUAGAUUUCCACUGAUAAUGAGAGAACUUUUACCGCAGAAAGUGGCUUCGUCAAUAAUUGAUGCGCAAAGACGAAAUUAUGAAAAUAAAAGCAUAUCUUCAUAUUGGUUACCUAUUUUAAAAAUAAUAAGACUUUUACCUGAUGCAGCAUUAAAAUGUGUAACGGAUUUCUCUGGUAUAUAUGUCGAGCCAGAAAAUUAA